AUGGCGUGGCUGUUGGCGGCGUGGUUGGGCCUGGGCUGGGUGCUCCUAUGCCAGGCCACUCUGUACCAGACCAUCCAGCAGCAUCACGUGGCCCGGCCCGGUCACACUGAGAUCCUCACCCUGGACGAACGAGGAAGUGCGAGGCUCAGUAAGUGUCUCCUGAAUAAUGCACAGAUCAGAAGAGAAGAAGAGAGAACAGGAAAACAGUCCAUCAUCACAGAGUCAUCACAGAGUCAUCACAGAGUCCACAGAGUCAUCACAGAGUCCACCGUCACAGAGUCAUCACAGAGUCAUCACAGAGUCAUCACAGAGUCCACAGAGUCACCACAGAGUCACCACAGAGUCAUCACAGAGUCACCACAGAAGUCCACAGAGUCAUCACAGAGUCCACCGUCACAGAGUCCACCAUCACAGAGUCACCAUCACCGUCUCACCCGCGGCUGUAGGGCAGCUGAGGUGAUAAAUACAUUAGUAAAGUACAAAGCGCCCUCAGUAAAACAUGAAUCUGAAGUGGACCUGACUCAGACUCUCUCGGACCAGCGCAGGUUUGAAGUGGACCUGACUCAGACUCUCUCGGACCAGCGCAGGUUUGACGUGGACCUGACUCAGACUCUCUGGGACCAGCGCAGGUUUGACGUGGACCUGACUCAGACUCUCUCGGACCAGCGCAGGUUUGACGUGGACCUGACUCAGACUCUCUCGGACCAGCGCAGGUUUGAAGUGGACCUGACUCAGACUCUCUGGGACCAGCGCAGGUUUGACGUGGACCUGACUCAGACUCUCUGGGACCAGCGCAGGUUUGACGUGGACCUGACUCAGACUCUCUGGGACCAGCGCAGGUUUGAAGUGGACCUGACUCAGACUCUCUCGGACCAGCGCAGGUUUGACGUGGACCUGACUCAGACUCUCUCGGACCAGCGCAGGUUUGACGUGGACCUGACUCAGACUCUCUCGGACCAGCGCAGGUUUGAAGUGGACCUGACUCAGACUCUCUGGGACCAGCGCAGGUUUGACGUGGACCUGACUCAGACUCUCUCGGACCAGCGCAGGUUUGAAGUGGACCUGACUCAGACUCUCUCGGACCAGCGCAGAUUUGGCGUGGACCUGACUCAGACUCUCUGGGACCAGCGCAGGUUUGACGUGGACCUGACUCAGACUCUCUCGGACCAGCGCAGGUUUGACGUGGACCUGACUCAGACUCUCUCGGACCAGCGCAGGUUUGACGUGGACCUGACUCAGACUCUCUCGGACCAGCGCAGGUUUGACGUGGACCUGACUCAGACUCUCUCGGACCAGCGCAGGUUUGACGUGGACCUGACUCAGACUCUCUCGGACCAGCGCAGGUUUGGCGUGGACCUGACUCAGACUCUCUCGGACCAGCGCAGGUUUGGCGUGGACCUGACUCAGACUCUCUCGGACCAGCGCAGGUUUGACGUGGACCUGACUCAGACUCUCUCGGACCAGCGCAGGUUUGACGUGGACCUGACUCAGACUCUCUCGGACCAGCGCAGGUUUGACGUGGACCUGACUCAGACUCUCUCGGACCAGCGCAGGUUUGACGUGGACCUGACUCAGACUCUCUCGGACCAGCGCAGGUUUGACGUGGACCUGACUCAGACUCUCUCGGACCAGCGCAGGUUUGACGUGGACCUGACUCAGACUCUCUGGGACCAGCGCAGGUUUGACGUGGACCUGACUCAGACUCUCUCGGACCAGCGCAGGUUUGACGUGGACCUGACUCAGACUCUCUCGGACCAGCGCAGGUUUGACGUGGACCUGACUCAGACUCUCUCGGACCAGCGCAGGUUUGACGUGGACCUGACUCAGACUCUCUCGGACCAGCGCAGGUUUGACGUGGACCUGACUCAGACUCUCUGGGACCAGCGCAGGUUUGACGUGGACCUGACUCAGACUCUCUGGGACCAGCGCAGGUUUGACGUGGACCUGACUCAGACUCUCUGGGACCAGCGCAGGUUUGACGUGGACCUGACUCAGACUCUCUCGGACCAGCGCAGGUUUGACGUGGACCUGACUCAGACUCUCUGGGACCAGCGCAGGUUUGACGUGGACCUGACUCAGACUCUCUCGGACCAGCGCAGGUUUGACGUGGACCUGACUCAGACUCUCUCGGACCAGCGCAGGUUUGACGUGGACCUGACUCAGACUCUCUCGGACCAGCGCAGGUUUGACGUGGACCUGACUCAGACUCUCUCGGACCAGCGCAGGUUUGACGUGGACCUGACUCAGACUCUCUCGGACCAGCGCAGGUUUGACGUGGACCUGACUCAGACUCUCUGGGACCAGCGCAGGUUUGACGUGGACCUGACUCAGACUCCCUGGGACCAGCGCAGGUUUGACGUGGACCUGACUCAGACUCUCUGGGACCAGCGCAGGUUUGACGUGGACCUGACUCAGACUCUCUCGGACCAGCGCAGGUUUGACGUGGACCUGACUCAGACUCUCUGGGACCAGCGCAGGUUUGACGUGGACCUGACUCAGACUCUCUGGGACCAGCGCAGGUUUGACGUGGACCUGACUCAGACUCUCUGGGACCAGCGCAGGUUUGACGUGGACCUGACUCAGACUCUCUGGGACCAGCGCAGGUUUGACGUGGACCUGACUCAGACUCUCUCGGACCAGCGCAGGUUUGACGUGGACCUGACUCAGACUCUCUCGGACCAGCGCAGGUUUGACGUGGACCUGACUCAGACUCUCUGGGACCAGCGCAGGUUUGACGUGGACCUGACUCAGACUCUCUCGGACCAGCGCAGGUUUGACGUGGACCUGACUCAGACUCUCUGGGACCAGCGCAGGUUUGACGUGGACCUGACUCAGACUCUCUCGGACCAGCGCAGGUUUGACGUGGACCUGACUCAGACUCUCUCGGACCAGCGCAGGUUUGACGUGGACCUGACUCAGACUCUCUCGGACCAGCGCAGGUUUGACGUGGACCUGACUCAGACUCUCUCGGACCAGCGCAGGUUUGACGUGGACCUGACUCAGACUCUCUCGGACCAGCGCAGGUUUGACGUGGACCUGACUCAGACUCUCUGGGACCAGCGCAGGUUUGACGUGGACCUGACUCAGACUCUCUCGGACCAGCGCAGGUUUGACGUGGACCUGACUCAGACUCUCUCGGACCAGCGCAGGUUUGACGUGGACCUGACUCAGACUCUCUCGGACCAGCGCAGGUUUGACGUGGACCUGACUCAGACUCUCUCGGACCAGCGCAGGUUUGACGUGGACCUGACUCAGACUCUCUGGGACCAGCGCAGGUUUGACGUGGACCUGACUCAGACUCUCUGGGACCAGCGCAGGUUUGACGUGGACCUGACUCAGACUCUCUGGGACCAGCGCAGGUUUGACGUGGACCUGACUCAGACUCUCUCGGACCAGCGCAGGUUUGACGUGGACCUGACUCAGACUCUCUGGGACCAGCGCAGGUUUGACGUGGACCUGACUCAGACUCUCUCGGACCAGCGCAGGUUUGACGUGGACCUGACUCAGACUCUCUCGGACCAGCGCAGGUUUGACGUGGACCUGACUCAGACUCUCUCGGACCAGCGCAGGUUUGACGUGGACCUGACUCAGACUCUCUCGGACCAGCGCAGGUUUGACGUGGACCUGACUCAGACUCUCUGGGACCAGCGCAGGUUUGACGUGGACCUGACUCAGACUCUCUGGGACCAGCGCAGGUUUGACGUGGACCUGACUCAGACUCUCUGGGACCAGCGCAGGUUUGACGUGGACCUGACUCAGACUCUCUGGGACCAGCGCAGGUUUGACGUGGACCUGACUCAGACUCUCUGGGACCAGCGCAGGUUUGACGUGGACCUGACUCAGACUCUCUCGGACCAGCGCAGGUUUGACGUGGACCUGACUCAGACUCUCUGGGACCAGCGCAGGUUUGACGUGGACCUGACUCAGACUCUCUGGGACCAGCGCAGGUUUGACGUGGACCUGACUCAGACUCUCUGGGACCAGCGCAGGUUUGACGUGGACCUGACUCAGACUCUCUGGGACCAGCGCAGGUUUGACGUGGACCUGACUCAGACUCUCUGGGACCAGCGCAGGUUUGACGUGGACCUGACUCAGACUCUCUGGGACCAGCGCAGGUUUGACGUGGACCUGACUCAGACUCUCUGGGACCAGCGCAGGUUUGACGUGGACCUGACUCAGACUCUCUCGGACCAGCGCAGGUUUGACGUGGACCUGACUCAGACUCUCUCGGACCAGCGCAGGUUUGACGUGGACCUGACUCAGACUCUCUGGGACCAGCGCAGGUUUGACGUGGACCUGACUCAGACUCUCUGGGACCAGCGCAGGUUUGACGUGGACCUGACUCAGACUCUCUGGGACCAGCGCAGGUUUGACGUGGACCUGACUCAGACUCUCUGGGACCAGCGCAGGUUUGACGUGGACCUGACUCAGACUCUCUGGGACCAGCGCAGGUUUGACGUGGACCUGACUCAGACUCUCUCGGACCAGCGCAGGUUUGACGUGGACCUGACUCAGACUCUCUGGGACCAGCGCAGGUUUGACGUGGACCUGACUCAGACUCUCUGGGACCAGCGCAGGUUUGACGUGGACCUGACUCAGACUCUCUGGGACCAGCGCAGGUUUGACGUGGACCUGACUCAGACUCUCUGGGACCAGCGCAGGUUUGACGUGGACCUGACUCAGACUCUCUGGGACCAGCGCAGGUUUGACGUGGACCUGACUCAGACUCUCUGGGACCAGCGCAGGUUUGACGUGGACCUGACUCAGACUCUCUGGGACCAGCGCAGGUUUGACGUGGACCUGACUCAGACUCUCUCGGACCAGCGCAGGUUUGACGUGGACCUGACUCAGACUCUCUCGGACCAGCGCAGGUUUGACGUGGACCUGACUCAGACUCUCUGGGACCAGCGCAGGUUUGACGUGGACCUGACUCAGACUCUCUGGGACCAGCGCAGGUUUGACGUGGACCUGACUCAGACUCUCUCGGACCAGCGCAGGUUUGACGUGGACCUGACUCAGACUCUCUGGGACCAGCGCAGGUUUGACGUGGACCUGACUCAGACUCUCUGGGACCAGUGCAGGUUUGACGUGGACCUGACUCAGACUCUCUCGGACCAGCGCAGGUUUGACGUGGACCUGACUCAGACUCUCUCGGACCAGCGCAGGUUUGACGUGGACCUGACUCAGACUCUCUCGGACCAGCGCAGGUUUGACGUGGACCUGACUCAGACUCUCUCGGACCAGCGCAGGUUUGACGUGGACCUGACUCAGACUCUCUGGGACCAGCGCAGGUUUGACGUGGACCUGACUCAGACUCUCUGGGACCAGCGCAGGUUUGACGUGGACCUGACUCAGACUCUCUCGGACCAGCGCAGGUUUCUUGGAAUUGAAAUGCUGUGA